AAAAUUCUGGUGUCCUGACUUAACUGAAGGGCUACAUAUGCCAGGCUGUUCUAAGCGCUGAGGAUGAACAGAUUCCUGCCUUCGUAGGGUUCACAGACUAAGGGAGAGGGAUAAGAAACCGCAUAUAUGCGGGGUCAGAGAUCCUGGCCCCGCCUACUGCCACAACGCCCAGUUUGGGUGCUGCAGGCCGAAAGACCUCCGCAUCAGGGGCGGGCGGGACUUCCGGGGGGCGGGGCCUGGCCUCGGUUGGCUCUUUUUGCGCCUGCGCAGGAGAGUUAACCCGCAAAGCAGGGAUGAGGAUCGCCGGAACCCAUGCGUCCGUCUUCUGCUUCCGGGUCGGAGCCAUGGCGGUGGCAAAUUCAAGCCCUGUCAAUCCCGUGGUGUUCUUUGAUGUCAGCAUUGGCGGCCAGGAAGUUGGCCGCAUGAAGAUCGAGCUCUUUGCGGACGUUGUGCCUAAGACGGCCGAGAAUUUUAGGCAGUUCUGCACUGGAGAAUUCAGAAAAGAUGGGGUUCCGAUAGGAUACAAAGGGAGCACCUUCCACAGGGUCAUAAAGGAUUUCAUGAUUCAGGGUGGGGAUUUUGUUAAUGGAGAUGGUACUGGAGUUGCCAGUAUUUACCGGGGGCCAUUUGCAGAUGAAAAUUUUAAACUGAGACACUCAGCUCCAGGCCUGCUUUCCAUGGCCAACAGUGGUCCCAGUACAAAUGGCUGCCAGUUCUUCAUCACCUGCUCUAAAUGUGAUUGGCUGGAUGGGAAGCACGUAGUGUUUGGAAAAAUCAUUGAUGGACUUCUAGUGAUGCGAAAGAUUGAGAAUGUUCCCACAGGCCCCAACAAUAAGCCCAAGCUGCCUGUGGUGAUCUCACAGUGUGGGGAGAUGUAGUCCAAAGCAAGACUGAUCAGACCUCCACCUCUCUGCUGUUGUAGGCCUUCCCUUGCUCUGGGUCACGCUCUUGAGUAAAAUAAUCCGGAUUGGCCCCUGUGUUUGCUUCCCUGCCUGCUGCGGCCCUUUUUGAUCAAGAGACCUUGGAAGUGUCACAGAUUCAGAACCCAAGAUUUUCUGUUUAAGUUUUCAAUUGUAAAUAAAGUUUUGUUUUGUU